GUGGGCGCCGGCUGGGAGCCAGAAGGCGGGUGCGGAGGUGAGCGCCGGCACCUGGCUCGGCGCCCCGCUCCUCUGCGAGAGGCUUGGCGCGGCCGUUGGGGCCGUUGGAGGAGGCGGGCGAGCUUUGACCCCGGCCGUGGCUGGAGGAGGAGGUGGGAGGAGAUGCCUACAUAGAAGAGUGACAGCAGCUGGACUGAAUGUUUCACUGCUGAACUGGUUCCUCAGGUAUCCUGGCUCUGGUGAUUGCUAUGGGAGAGUGGAUGACUGUUACAGAUCCAGAUCUGUCUUCAGAAAGCAAAAAUAUCUGUCAAUAUACCUCAGAAACAAAGAUGUCUCCAUCAAGUUUAUACUCACAGCAAGUGCUAUGUUCUUCAAUACCUUCAUCAAAAAAUGUGCACAGUUUUUUCAGUGCCUUCUGCACAGAGGAGAAUAUUGAACAAAGUGUUUCAUAUCUUGAUCAGGAAUUGACUACUUUCGGUUUUCCUUCAUUAUAUGAAGAAUCCAAAGGUAAAGACACAAAGAGAGAAUUAAAUAUAGUUGCUGUUUUAAAUUGUAUGAAUGAGCUACUUGUACUUCAGCGGAAGAACCUUCUAGCUCAGGAAAAUGUAGAAACACAGAAUCUGAAACUGGGAAGUGAUAUGGACCAUCUGCAGAACUGCUAUGCAAAACUUAAGGAACAACUGGAAACCUCCAGGAGAGAAAUGAUUGGGCUUCAGGAAAGAGACAGACAAUUACAGUGCAAGAACCGGAAUUUGCAUCAGCUACUGAAAAAUGAAAAAGAUGAAGUACAAAAAUUACAAAAUAUCAUUGCAAGUAGAGCUACUCAAUAUAAUCAUGAUAUGAAGAGAAAAGAACGUGAAUAUAAUAAAUUAAAGGAGCGUCUGCAUCAACUUGUUAUGAACAAGAAGGAUAAAAAAAUAGCUAUGGAAGUUUUAAAUUAUGUGGGGAGAGCUGAUGGAAAAAGAGGCUCCUGGAGGACGGGUAAAACUGAGGCCAGUUUCUUUCUCAGGAAUGAAGAUGAAAUGUAUAAAAUUCUCUUGAAUGAUUAUGAAUAUCGUCAGAAACAAAUCCUAAUGGAAAAUGCUGAACUUAAGAAGGUUCUUCAGCAAAUGAAAAAGGAAAUGAUUUCUCUUCUUUCUCCCCAAAAGCAGAAACCUAGAGAAAGAGCAGAUGAUAGUACAGGAACUGUUAUCUCUGAUGCUGAGGAAGAUGCUGGGGAACUGAGUAGGGAGAGUAUGUGGGACCUUUCCUGUGAAACUGUGAGAGAGCAGCUUACCAACAGCAUCAGAAAACAGUGGAGAAUUUUGAAAAGUCAUGUAGAAAAGCUUGAUAACCAAGUUUCAAAGGUACACUUAGAAGGUUUCAAUGAUGAAGACGUAAUCUCACGACAAGACCACGAACAAGAAACUGAAAAACUCGAGUUGGAAAUUCAACAGUGUAAAGAAAUGAUUAAAACUCAGCAGCAGCUUUUACAGCAGCAGCUUGCUACUGCAUGUGAUGAUGACACCACUUCAUUGCUUCGAGACUGCUACUUGUUGGAAGAAAAGGAGCGCCUCAAGGAAGAGUGGUCCCUAUUUAGAGAGCAAAAAAAGAAUUUUGAAAAGGAAAGACGAAGCUUUACAGAAGCGGCUAUCCGCCUAGGAUUGGAGAGAAAGGCAUUUGAAGAAGAAAGAGCCAGUUGGUUAAAGCAACAGUUUUUAAAUAUGACUACCUUUGACCACCAGAACUCAGAAAAUGUGAAACUUUUCAGUGCCUUCUCAGGAAGUUCUGAUCGGGACAGUCUUACAAUGCACUCAAGGCCACGGCAAAAGAAGCCUCAGAAUAUGUCUAACGGGUCUCCAGUUUGCACAUCUAAACUUACGAAGUCUCUUCCCGCUUCUCCUUCUACUUCAGACUUUUGCCAGACACGUUCCUGUGCAUCUGAACAUAGUUCAGUCAACGUACUGAAUAUAACUCCUGAAGAAACUAAACCAAAUCAGGUUGGAAGAGAAUGUGCAAAUCAGAAGUGGAGCAUGGCAUCGAGACCUGAGUCACAGGAAGGUUGCUAUAGUGGGUGCUCCUUGACCUACACCAACUCCCAUGUAGAAAAAGAUGACUUACCUUAGACGUGUGGACUGGAACUGUUUUCAUUAACACGUUCAUCAGAUUUCACAUCUAAGUUGAAACAGAGUGUGUCAUAAAGUCAGUCAUCUCUACUAAUUUAAGGUGGUCUGAGUUUGUUUGGACUUUCCUGUUCCUCCCCCAAAGAGCUAAAAUGUUAAAUCUAUUUAAAAGGAUAUAAAAGCUUUGGAUAAUGUAUUUUUAGUAACAGAAGCAUCUGGUUCUGUGAAUAAAGGAAUGUAUAUGUUUGGUCGAAAACAGAAGCACUAGAAUGAGUUUCCUCUUAUAGGUAUUAAAAAUAGCACUUUUAGGAAACUGAUUAUUGUAAAUGUUUAAUUUUGUCUCCUAUAUAGUUGGCAUUGGAAGUUUAGCCUUUACUUGAAUGUAUACUGUAGAUUUUUAACAAAGCAAGUUCUAUAUUUAUUAUGUUUAGUGUGAUUUGAAAUUUCCUCUUUCAUAUGUUUUAAAUAAAGUGAAAUUUAUGUAUGUUUUGUACAUAGAUAUACAUGAUUAUGUUAAGAGGCUUUAAGAUUUAAAGAUUUUACACAUCCAUAAUUAUAGUAUUUCAUGCCAAUAAAAUUUUUUUAGUGGUAUUCUGUUUACAGAUGUAUUAGAGCCAUUGCCACAUUAUGUUUAAGAAUUUUUUGAAUGCAUCUGAGCAAUAAAUACUCAAAAGCUGUUCCAUGAA